UAUAAAAGGUGAGGUUUAACUGGGAAACACUAACCUGUCAUUCAAGACCUUGAAGACACACACACACACACACACUUUUUAAAGAAAUCAGCAUCUGCAUCAUUCUCUCAGUAAAACAUGGCUGACUAUGACCUGGUCCUGAAGUGCUGGGGAGCUGUGGAGGCCGACUACAACACGCAUGGAGGAGAGGUGCUGACACGUCUGUUCAAGGAACACCCCGACACCCAGCAGCUGUUCCCCAAGUUCGUGGGCAUCGCCCAGGGCGACCUGGCGGGCAACGCGGCCGUGGCGGCCCAUGGUGCCACCGUGCUGAAGAAGCUGGGAGACCUGCUGAAGGCCAAGGGCAGCCACGCCGAUAUCCUCAAGCCUAUGGCCACCACACACGCCCAGAAGCACAAGAUCGGACUCGCCAACUUUGGGCUGAUCACUGAGGUCAUUGCGAAGGUGAUGGCGGAGAAGGAUGGUCUGGACGCGGCCGGACAGGACGCCUUGAGGAAGAUCAUGGGUGCGGUCACCAACGACAUCGGGGCCACCUACAAAGAACUCGGCUUCUCCGGAUGAAUACAUCAAGCCAGAAGCCGACUACGCUGUAAAAAUGACAAGGUUCCUCGAAGAACUCUCAGCUGCCAUUGCUGGGGAACCACUAAAGGUUCUAUGAUGAACAUACAGGUGCUUGGAAGAACCCCAAGGUUUACUAAAAAUCUUUUUCAGAGGAGAGGAGAGGAGAGGAGAGGAGAACCUUUAUGAGUUCCUCCAUGGUGGCCAACUGAAUAAACCCUUAAGGUUCGCUGAGGAAUCUUGGGGUUCUUCCAAGAACUUUUAAGCUCAGAAAACCUUUGGGGUUCCUCAGGGGAGCGUGUGGGUUCCCCAAGAACAAGCUAAGGGUUCUGUCAGGAAUCUUCAAUCUUUUACAGUAUACCGCCCCCACAAAAAUACACAAUACUUAAUACAGUUUAAGGGGGUUAUAUCCAUACAAUGUAGCCAAAGAUACAAUACAUCAAAGACACAAUUUCACUACUGCUGGUAAUCAUUAACUCUUGUAGGAACUGUGUAACUAUAGCGUUUUUAAAUACAGGAAAAUAAUAUUGAAUUUGAUUGAUUAUUUGAUCUCCUUUUUUGCAGCGCGCCAGUUGAAAUGUCUGAUUACAUCUUGUCUGUUUAUAUAGUUCCUUCAAAAUAAACAUCUGAUUAACAACCAUGA